AUGCAGAUGUGCCGCUGGAUCCUGAAACCGAUCGGCAUGUCGGCACCCGAUCUACGGUCACCGUCGCCGUGCGAGCGGCUCGUCUCGGCGGCGUUGAUCCUCACGUGCUUCUCCGCUCUGUGGUUCGUCCUGAUACCCGCCGGGAUCUACACGCUGUUUCGCGAGAAAAACAUCAACAUCCAGGUCAAGCUCUUCGGUCCGGUCGGCUUCUGCCUGACCAACACGAUCAAGUACUGUUACUACGGCGCGCGCGCCGCCGCGUUCGGACGGUGCAUUCGACACGUCGAGGACGAUUGGCGGGUGGUACGGCAGCAGGAUCAUCGCGAGACGAUGCUGAGGAACGCGCUGGUGGGACGCAGGAUCACCACGCUGUGCGCGAUCUUUCUCUACACCGGCGGACUGUCCUACCACACGAUCAUGCCGUUAUCCUCCAGACAGAGGAUCGACGAGAACUACACGAUGAGACUGCACACCUAUCCCGGCUACGAUCUGUUCUUCGAUCCCGUAGCCAGUCCGGCUUACGAGAUC